CCAGAUGAUGAGAUUGUGAUUGAGUCACCUGCUGCUCAGACUCAAGUUUUGCAAAAAGAAACACUGGAAAUGAAUGAGACACCUUCUUCUCCAAUAUCUCCAAAGAGUAUUGAGGCUCAAGUUUUUACUCCAAUUCAGAAACAGCAGACGGUAACAGAGGAAACGUAUGAGGCUACACAGCCAUUGACUGAGAUCAUUUCAGCAAACAAUAAAAAGGAGGAUACACAUGCUGUGCAUCACACACCUUCCUCUCCAUUGUCUUCACUAAUUGCACUAGUUAUUGAAGAAAAUAAGAAUGCUUUGAGUGAGACAGAAACUGCGACCCAAUAUUUUUCUACAAGUGAAGGAGAGCAUACACAAUCAAGCAGAAAGAAUCAAGCAGAAGAAUAUCUCAAGGAUACUACAGAACCUACUACUGAGCUAGUUUCCACAGAUGUUUCGAAGACACAGCCUCUUACUCCGCAAACACAGCACCUUCAGACAAGUGAGGGAGAUCAAUCCGAUGAGACACCAUCAGAGCAGAAUCAAGCAGAAGAAAAUCUCAAGGAUACUACAGAACCUACUACUGAGCUAGUUUCCACAGAUGUUUCGAAGAUGCCGCCUAUUACUCAGCAAACAGAGCAUCUUCAGACAAGUGCUAUAGAUUUUUCAGAAACAAACGAGGUUGAAGUAAGCAGGCUUCUAGCUCACUUUCAAAUAGGCGCAGAGGUUGAGAUUUUGUCUACUGAUGACGAAAUAUGGUAUCCAGGAAAGGUUGUUGAUCUUAAACUGUGUGAAGGACUAGAGGAGCUGACAGUUGAGUACACGACACUCUUCACAGACCAACAUAGACUUCAGAAACUUCAGGAUACUAUCACGGCUGACAAAAUACGUCCUGCAACACCAACUAGUGACCAAAAAUCCUUUGAGAUGAUGGAUAAGGUAGAAGCCUUUUACAACAAUGGCUGGAGCAGCGGACAAAUUAGCAUGGUACUUGGUGAUAACACAUACUCGGUGUGUCUCUAUACUUCUAUGGAAACUAUUCUAUUCAAACAUUCAGAUUUGCGAAUUCAUAGAGAAUGGAAAGAUGGAGUCUGGAAGAUGGCAGAUAAGGUGAAGCCUGAUAAGAAAAGGAAAGCUGCUGCCUCAUCACAAAAUUCAGGAAUGGAUAAUGUUUUCCUAAGAAGGAGCGAGAGGGUGCCUAAACGAUCUAGAGACACAAAAACUCCAUUCAAGUCUGACAGAAAUCCGGCUUUAACUGUAAUACCUGAGAUUAUACCUGCAGUUGAUCCGUUUUCAACUCCUGCGGAACAUAAGCUUUCAAGGCUUCAAAAUUGGAUGACAUUAAAGCCCGGCAUGCAUGAAACGUCCCUAUCAAUCAAUGAUAAUAAGAUAAGGAAAUCUUUCUUUCAAAGCAUGGAAAAUGCAAAAAAGGACCUUAAGAAAGAGCACAUUGAUGGAGCCUUUGCAAUGCUAAAUUGCAGAAGAAAUGAGAAUGCUGCUUGGUUCCACAACUACAAGAUUCCAAAGGCGUGCUUCCUACCUAUGGAGUUCUUGCAUUGCUUGCUCUCUGAUGAUUUGGCUUACAAGAAAGAAAAGGUCAAAGGUAAAAAGAUUUUCAACGAUUUAUUUAAAGAUACUGUGAGAGGGAAGGUAUAUCCAGAGAAGACAUGGGGAGAAGAUGUUGAUGUUGUGUAUGGGAUUACUCUUGGAAAAAAAAGCAAUGUCUGGAUUGGGAUGGAAAUUCAUUUGAAGAAGAAAAGAAUCACAGUAUAUGAUUGUUUUCAAAAGGAAAGCAACAGCAUUGAUAUUCCUCAAGUGAAAAAGUUGGCAGUGUUGAUUUCUAAUCUGCUGGUGGAAUCUUCUGGUGAUGAGGUAGAUAAAGUGAAGAUGAUUCCAUUUGAGAUUGAGCAGGCACAAGGUUUACCCAAGACAAAACAUCCUUUCAACUGUGGGAUAUUUCUUGUCAAGAUUCUGGAGUGCCAGUCAUUGAAGAUAGGAGACAUGACAAAGAUUAAUGAUGACAAUGCAUUGGAGCUAAGGAGAACCUUGUCUUGUGAGAUCUUCAACCAAUUUGUGGAUGAGAGCUUUGGGAAAUGAGAAUGAUGCAUGAAAACAUUUUUUGUUUUAGUUAAGACUCGGUUUUAGUUAUGACUGUUUAUUUUGUUAUGUUGUUGGCGUCUGGUUACAUAAGAAAGAUUGGAAGGAUAUCAAGUAUUUUUUUUGGGUAUCAUAUAUCUUGGAAGGUUAAAAUAAUGUUUCUGGAUGGGUUUCCAGAAAAAAAGUUAAGUGUUUCAAAUGUAAAAAAGAAUGAAAUGAGAUUAUAUACUAAGGAUUGGACAUGUAUAUGGUAAGCUUAAAAUUGUGAUGUUUACAGACAACAAAAAUUUAGAACCACAAAGGAUCGAACCCAGAGGGAGAGAGUUUGCGUAUUUGGAUAGUGUGGGAGUUUAGCCACUAGGCCAAGAAGAAUCAUCUGUUAAUGGAUUACAUUUAAUUUUAUUUAACUCCAAACUGUAACACAAAAAAAAAUUAAAAUUGAUUUUGAAUCCACCACAUAUCGAACCCGGGGAUAGAGAGACUUUUGAGUUAUGAAAUGCCUUGGUUUAACCGCUGGUCUGAGGAGAAUCAUCUGUUAAAGAAUAUUACAUAAGCAUACUUAAACCAAUUAAUAUAGGAUAGGUUUCCAAAACAAUACAUUUCGAUUGAAAAAAGACAAAACUCUUGCCGUCUCAACACUCUCGCCGUUUCAAACUUCUCGAAUCUCACUCGUCUCCGCCUCUCGAAUCUCUCUCUCAUCUCCAUAUCUCUCGAUCUCCGACGAAAACCCAUCUCCAGAACUCUCUCUCUCUCGAUCUUUUACGCGAGCUCUCUCUAUUCUCCGAGAAAAACCAUUUCUAGAGCUCUAUCUCUUUAAGGUAUGUUGCAGAUUCAACCUUAUGUGUGUUUUCUUUCUGAGAGAUUGGUCUCCUGGUUUUUGCUUGUGUAUAGACUUGCUCGUUUUAACCUAAUAUGAUUGGUAGAAUUCUAGUUCAUGUGAAAGCAUGUGUAUAGACUUCAGGAAGGAUUUGUAUUGUUUCAGGAAACCCUUCCUGAAAAUUGGAUUUUAAUUAAUUUAGACAAAUAAAAUUUUUCUUGUUUACGCAGGAUAGAAACAAGAUGGGAGAUCCAUUACCAUUAAGACUAGCACUGCCUGAGCUGAGGUAUCCGAUUGGAUCAGAGCCAGAGAAGACGAUAUCGAUAAACCAACACUCGAUAGUUGCUUAUAUCAAAACUGUUAAGGAAAUUCUAGGAAAUGAUGAGUUCAACAGAAUAAGAGGGACGUUUUUGGGACCGGUGAUCAAGCUUGGAGAGAGGUCUUUGAAAUUAUCAGCUAAGAUAGUGCACGCAGUUCUCACCAAAAGCAUCAAGACAGUGAAGAGACACGAAGCAUGGUUCCAUUUUGGUGCUCAGCCAAUGAGGUUCUCUAUAAGAGAAUUCCACAUGGUGACUGGUUUGAAAUGUAGUGGUGAAGCAAGAGAACCACGAGAGGAAACCGAGAAAUUUAAGUGGGACUUCCUAAAAGGGCGUACUCAUACAGUAAAGGACGUGGAGAAGCAGCUCAGAAACACAAGAGAAGAUGCUUCUGAUGAGAGAUUCUGCCUUGCAAUGCUCCUCCUGAUUGAGAGCAUACUACUACAGAAGAGCCUUCUCGACGGUGGCACAACUUUUACUUUGGAUUAUGUGAAAAUAGCGCAGGAUAUGGAUGUCUUGAUGACAUACCCAUGGGGGAGAACAGCUUAUAAUUUGCUGUUAAAAUCACUUCAGAGAGCUGUCGACAAAAGCCUCGACAAAAACAAUUAUGAUUUGCAAGGAUUCCCUAUGGCAUUUCUUAUAUGGAUACUUGAGUCAGUACCUUUGCUACAGUAUGCAUUCAGUCAAGUUGUUCCUAUUCUGAGCGUUCAACCGUCUACCCCAAUAUUUUUGUGUGAGAAGUACCUUCAAAUAGCUUCUCCACAGCUGAUAGAUGUUCUCCUAAUUGAAAUCAAAGAUCAUGUAAGUUUUUACAUUAUUUUUUUCUUGUUUCUGUUUUGCCUUAUGAUUCUCCAUUUAAAAGCUAAUUAUUUUUAUGGUUUCAGCUUAAGGUCACAUGCAUCCUACCUCCUAUUUCUAAUGAUCCAGAAGCUGAUGUUUGCAUGGAAGACGAAGCUAAUAAAGAUCUGGAUGACAUGGCCGAUUUAUCCAAGAGAGGUUAUAAGUUUAAAAUUAGAGAUUGGCGAAACAUGUCAGUAGACCUAUACGGUGCUAAUGAACAAAUAAGAAGAGCA